CACCAGCCAAUCACGUCUCAUUCCGCUUCUACCUAGCGGAGAAAAACAGUUCAAGGAGGCGGAAUCUGGUGUGGGCUGUAUAUAAGCGGUUAAGCGUGGGAUUUUUGUAUCAAUGUGUCACCCUCUAAUGGUUCACUAUCUGACCGAGAGACAGCAAGAGCAGCGCACAGAGACCGGAUCCGCGCUGACGUGUGAUGUGGCGUGGACUUGAUCGGCAGUGACCCCAGCGCCUGCAGCUGCCAGGCCGGGACAGAAACUCAUGCUGCCGCCGCCGCCGCCUGCUACAGAGCUGUCCUUCCGCUGUGGUGCUGAACCGCAGGACGCGACCCUUCAACCGGUGACGUAGAGCUGAGACUCAUCCAAGACUGAACACACUAAAAGUAAAAACUUAACCGCAAACUUUUUUAUUUUAUACAUAUAUGGAUUUGAAGCAAGUCAAAAACACAGAAAACACGGAGCAGAAGUGAUGGCCGGACUCCCCCUUGCCCUCGGCGUCACUCCGGCGGUCUGAGCACAGAGGCGCGCUGCCGCUUCGCAUCGCUUCGCUUCGUACCGGAACCCAGCGGAGCCUCCGUAGAUGAGGAGAGUGACAGAGGCUUUCGAUCAGUGAGGUACGCUGGGCGUCUCUUAGCUACAAAAGGAAAUUAGGGAAAGAAAAUUUGAGAGAUUUGCUCUCCUUAAAGGCUCUACAUGCAGCUGCGAAAAUGGGCUGUAUCAGCUCCAAAGCGCCAGUUGGUGAAUGUUGAUGACACCAUUGAAAUGUUACCAAAAUCAAGAAGAGCUCUUACCAUUCAAGAGAUUGCUGCAUUAGCGCGAUCCUCCCUCCAUGGUAUUUCCCAGGUAGUGAAGGACCAUGUGACAAAGCCUACAGCAAUGGCGCAGGGCAGAGUGGCCCACCUAAUAGAAUGGAAAGGCUGGUGUAAGCCUAUGGACACUCCAGCAGCCCUUGAAUCAGACUUCAACUCCUAUUCUGAUCUUUCUGAGGGAGAACAGGAGGCACGCUUCGCUGCUGGUGUGGCAGAGCAGUUUGCCAUCGCCGAGGCUAAGCUGAGAGCCUGGUCCUCUGUGGAUGGCGAUGAGUCCAAUGAUGACUCAUAUGACGAAGACUUUCUGCCUGCCAAUGAGCCCACCACGCAGAGCACAGAUGUGCCAUCAUAUCCUCCCUACUUGAAGGACCUCAUCCACAGCCAGCUUUGCCAACAUCUUGGUCUGCGAGGGCCCUGUUGUGAGGGUGGAGGUGGCAGUGGGGAAGGAGGUGGCAGCGGAGAGCCCUCCCCGACGGCAGGCUCCCCAGAUACCCUGUGCUCCAGCCUGUGCAGCCUGGAUGAGCACCACCCUCUGCUGCGUGACCUGAGCGGCCACCGCGGCACCCACUCCCACAACCACGCUGCAGAGCUCGCUGCAAAGAUCCUGUCGGCGCUGCAGGGAGGGGAGGAGCUGUUGGCCCGUCUUCAGAGGGCAGGUCAGAGUGGGCCUGGUGGGGGAGACUGUGUCUUCCACAGCCUGGGUGGGGUAGGGCGGGGCAUCAGGCCCUGCGGGGGUCAGGACUCUCCUUGUUACUCCAUGUCUUACUCUGAGACAUACCUGUCACCAGGCGAGGAUGACGACACCCCCUGCAAGGACUACGAGAGCACCGUGUGCCAGGCGGAGGCGGAGGGAAACGGGGUGGAGUACCCACCUGACUAUGACCCACGCAGGAGGGUCUCUGAUGUGGCCUCCUCUGGAGUGGUGUCGCUGGAUGAGGAGGAUGAAGAGGAGGAGGAGGAGGAGGAGAGGGCAGGAGAGCCAAACAACCAAUGACUCCUCUCUUCUCACCUCAGUGUUUAAUUCCUCCAAGCUCUUUGGAGGUUUUUCUUUUUUGAAUCAACUUCUGCUCCUUCAUGCCGUCUGAAAAGUUUGGACCUCUGCGCAUGUGUUUUUUUUUUUUUUCCUCUGACUAAAAUGUAAAUCAUCCGUCUUUGCCUUACUUGCAACAUUUCAGCUCCUCUCCACCUGGUAACUGCUUUGUCCCCCUUCGAUGUAUCGACUCUAUUUUCUUUGAAGGCGUCCAAACAAUCUUUUUUUAUCAGAGUGAGAACGGGAGUAAUGGACUUGUGACAGCAGUCCAGCUACUUACUCGUGGGUAUGACGCUCACAGUUUUUGGUUUCCGCUCCGUCCCUACCUGUGAAAGUGACUCCAAAAGUGGAUGCCACCACCAGGCAGACAGAAUGACUGAGUCCAAAACUCUGACUUAUCUUUGCAUGUGUUUUGCAAGUGCUGAAAUAGAUGGGCUGACCAGGUCUUGAGCACGGUUUGUAAUCUCAGCUGUUCUGUAUAACCCCCCGCCCAUCUACCCCCGGCAUCUCUCAUGGGAGGGCAGGUUGACACUGCAUCCUGGGAUCUGCCCUUACCUUCCUCCUCCCUCCCCCUCCUUUGCAAGAGACAAAAUAGCAUCCUUUUGGGCAUGGCUUGCUGAGUAUGCCAAACUAUUUAACCCUGUCACUACCAAUUAUGAGCAAAUGCUGGAAUGUCUACAAAGUGACAGGACAUAGUAUGUAUUUUAAAAUAACAAAGUUUAAAAAAAGAUUUGUCACAAAUGAUAUGAUAGAAAUGAUAUGCUUUUAUUGUACUAGUUUUCUAUCACUCAAACAUGUUGUUGUUCACAUUAUUCCAAACAUCAUUAUGAUGGACAUCUGUCAUAAUGAUCAACUAUAGCUACUGGAUACUUUUGGGGCUCUGUGGAUUCCUGCAUGGAAGACACAAGAACUUUGGUUGUCUUAAAAAAAUUACACAGCAGCAGCGAUGACAACAAACACAAACAGAAUGUUCCUGAAGUGACCCUUCCACGCUAGGUGUUUGGCAGGAAGCAGCGCGGGUUGAAAAGACAGAAAACAUUUUUCUGUGAAGAGAUGAGUUGCAUUGGAGAUUUUCUAUAUUUUUGUAUGCGUUGUCUUGCUUUUAUCUCUUUGCCUAUGCGGCGUGGCAGUGUAUGUGGUUUUUUGCACGAAGCUAACGUGGCUGUAGAUUUCUCCUUUUCUUCGUUAUCACUGUGUGAUAUAGUCUACUGGGAAAAAAAUAACAAAACAAAUGUGAACAAAAAGUUUUUAUUUUAUUUUUUAUUUCAAAAGAGGAUACUGUGAUACGGUUUGUUAUUGCCAUUUGUCAUGAUCCUCAUGAAGAACUUUUGUGUUUCUUUUGUAAAAAUGCUCUUUCUUUCCUCUCAUACUGACUCCUGAAAAGCUUUGCCUUUUAUUCUAUACUUUCCCUUUUUUCUAUGACGUUUGCAAAAGGGCAUGUUUAUGUGACACAUGCAGAAACUUCCAUCUCCAUGGUGAUGUGAGGAGCUCUGUUGAGGUUCUCCCAGAGGGACUGUCAUUCAUACAACUCAGGAAAUCCCAUUGGACCAGAGCAUAAAUGCAUCCUGCCCGCACGCAUAACUUCACUUGAUCCUCCGUGUGUGUGGACUUUUUUGUGUGUUUGCGAGUGAGAAAGCCUGGUGUGUGUAGUUAUUUUCUACAAAUAAUUAAAGCACAGAUUCAGUCCCCUCAUCCUUCUUUUAUGUCGUUUGACUGUUUAGAAAAGCCUCAAUGUGCGAGUCUGUAUGUUUGACAUUUUGUGUGAGUGUGUGUUUGUGAUAAUGUGUGUGUGGCUGUAUUGUAUGAUGUCAGCAAGCUCCUCAAGCUUGCACUGUAUAUCCAUUCCAGAACCCCUCCAACGCAGCGAUUCCCUUUAAAACAGUGUCUGGUGUAGCUGAACUCUCGUUGGAGGUUGGACUCUUAAUGGUACUGAAGAUAAGAAAUAGCGUACAGUACCUACAGAGUUGGAGAAUUUGGAGACAAGUAAGCGAUGACAUAGCUAAAUCAGCUGACAGGAGAACUGAAAAGACAGUGACAACUCAGGGGGAACCAUUGAAGCUGUGCCUUUCAUUCAUCACCUUCGAGUUGUACCAUCAUCAUCAUCAUCAUCACAUCCUCCAUUCUGUCACUCAGGCCAUGGCUUGGCUUCCUUUCCCUUCUCUCUUUUUAAAAUGAGCAGGAGCAGAGUGAAACACUACUACCUUCAUUUGGACAGGGCCACUAAAUAUCCUGUUGCAUCUCCUGUGUGUAGUCACCCGCUGUAGCUGGAGGUUACAGUGGGCCUGUUUGCGUCAUUGUCCUUUUGGUUGACAUUAAAAGCUGGGCGAUGCUGGCAAGGCGAGGUUGCGCUUUUGUCCGGGCGCGGUGACGCGAGCGCAGUAUUGUUCAUUCCUCCCCCUCUGUUUAUCAGCUCACUCUGUCCACCACUGUGCAUUUGCUCAGUCCAUCUCUCUGAGUGUCCCCAUCCUCUCCCCGGGAAGUGUGUGUGAGACUGUGACUGUGUGUAUGUGUGUAUGAGAGAGAGAGAGAGAGAGAAGACGGGCACCUUGGUGUGAUGCAUUUUUCAUUCACCCAGUUCUCUCUGUGUGAGUUCUCUCUCACACACCCAUGAGUGUGUUUUUCUGAUUAUACUUGUGAGGACCAUAAUCUAUUCAUUCAUUCAGUCUAACCUUUACCUUAACCCCAUCCUAAAUCUAUUACUAAUCCCUUUGUAGAAGUGGCUCUGUGGUGAAUCUGUGUAUCCCUGUGAGAACAUUUUGUCCUCAUUAGAAUAGGAACAGAAGAUUUCCUGCUGACACACACACAGACAGCCUGAUGAAUGCCUCUCCUCUCCAUCCGUCUGUCUCUGUCCUGUCAUUUCCUGCCUCCUCGUCCUCCUUGCCAUCCUCUCCUCUCCUCCCACCCCUCUUUGUCUCUGUCCUUUCCUCCCCCCUCUCACUCUCACCCCCCUUCCUCUCUUUCUUUCCCUCCACCUAUCCCCACAGGGGGCUCAUUACGUAACUAAGAGGACAUCUGAGUGCUACCUUUGCCGACAGGCAAUUAGCCCGUGAUUAUAAAACCGCCUGAUGAACAGGAGAUGCGUAUCUCUCUCCUGUCUGUCUUUAUUUUUUCCUCCUGUCUUUUUCCCCUUCACUCCAUCUACACCCUCCCUUCCAGUUCUCUCAGCCCCCCUCCUUUCUGCCACAAGCUUUUUGUAAGUGACAUCUUUUGAGGUUAGCUGUCCCAGAAAACUCCUCGCAGUUUGUGGAAAGCGAUGGGCGAUGGAGGGAAGUGUUGCUUGCUCACCCCUCUGUUUGGAAGUGAUAUAUAUAUAUAUAUAUAAUAUUUUGUAGCCCAGUAACAGAAGCGCCACCCCGCUGUCCUUGAGCCAGACAGAUGUCUUUAGAGGGAAACAUGUUCCUUUUCUGUGUGAGUGUGUGUGUCUCUGGGCAGUGUGUUUUAGUUUGUUGCUUCGGGCAAGCGCUGACAUUGGAUACUUAUCAGAGAGAAGUGCUCCAGAUUCUGUGUGUAUGUGUGUGUGUCACUGUGUGAUAGUGGCGGAAGAACCCAGUGCUAUAAAAAGACAUCAAAACAUCUGUCGGACAGUGUCGAGGCAGGAGGGCGCAUGAAUAUUCAGUUGGUGGUGGUGCCCCUGUCACCCUAUACCCUACUUUCCAUUUUAGAACAAAGCUGAAGGGCCCAGGGACCACUCUCACCACACCACCAGAUCCCCAGCGGUGAAUAUUAGGACAAAACCUGCAAACAAAACUGAGACUGAGAGUGUGAAAACUGCUGUAGGAACUGCAUAUAGAGAACAUAAUCCUCACAGAGAGAGAUGGUCUGUGUUUAACCCACAUUAGCCUCCACAGUCAUAAUUACAACAUCCCACAAUCCUCGGGGGGUUUGGGUGCACACAGUGACACCGGGCACACGCACACACUUUCUCUUUCACAAAACUGAAAGAGACUUACAGUACAGAAAGCAUGUGAGAGUUCAGAGAGCAAAGCCAUACAGUUCACCCAACAGAGACAAAGACACUAUGAACAAACAGGGUAUGAGGAAAACAGAUGACCCAAAAUGAAUGUACUGUCCCAUCCACAUCCUGAGUGGGCUGUGUAUCACCAUUAGCAUCAGUCAAACACACACUCGACCUUCUCUCGUCCCUCUGAAAUCUCAAUCCUGUCUUUCUUGUUUUUCCUCUUUUUUCCUUUCUGAUACUUUUCUUCCUCUUUUGGCUGAAUGUAAUUAUUUGAAUAUUGCCACCUUGGAUUUGAAAAAUGAAUCUUUGUUUGCUGCAUCUGAUAUGAUUUGGAGUUAAUAAAAAUAUUGAUAAAAUUAAUAAAA